UCCUGCUUUUCUGAAAUAGGAAACUUUUGUCCGGUUCAAACAAUUUGUAGAUCUCGCCGUUUUCUAGAUAGCAAUAGUGAUAUUAGCUCAAUAAACGGCCUGUUUAUGUUCCUGUAUCAAUCAAGUGGGGAAUUAACUGUUUUGUUAUAGACUGAAAUACUUCAAAGAUGGGGAUGUACUGUGGAAGAGUACGAGUUGGUAACACAGGACAAUUACUAUAUUUUGGUUGUCAGGGCUUUCUUGAAGUCUGUGCGAAAAAAGACGCCUAUAAUAAUGGGUCAUGGAAUUUAUAUGAAUAGUCUGGGGUUUGUGGUGAUGUCAAACAAAUCGAUUGCUUACCAACUACUUGUGAGAGGGCAUCCAGUAUUUCUUGUCAACUUUCGAGGUAGUAAAUAUAGUACCAGUCACAAAACUCUAGCCAAAAAUGAUAGCGCUUAUUGGAAGUUCAGUUUCCAUCAGAUGGCACAGUACGAUUUACCUGUUGUAAUGAACUUGGUUGCUCAAAAAACCGGUGGAGCGAAAGCAGUAUAUAUCGGAUUUUCCAUGGGAACCACAGUGAUCAAUAUCUAUUGCAUACUGUACCCCCAAGAGGCAACGAAGAGAUUAGUGGGGGUCAUAGAAAUGGCACCAGUGGCCAAUUUAACUAAAAUAAGAUCUAUCGUGGGAAUUUUAUCUCCAUCAUGGCCCAUUCUGAAGCCUAUAGCGAACUCCAUUUGGCACGGAAUAUUACUACCUAGGAAUGAUUAUCUCAAAGAAUUUUGUUCCACGCAUGUUAUUGUAAUUUUUCUCUGUUAUACGAUAACGGCUUUUGUUUUUGGUGCCAACUACGCUAUGCUGGAUCCGCUCAGAAUGCCUGUAGUUAUGCAACAAUGUCCAGAUGUCAUAUCAACCAUGGUGGUGGAUCACUACUAUCAAAUUAUCAGACACAAGCAGUUCCUUCAGUACGAUUAUGGAUAUGAACAGAAUAUUGAAAAAUAUGGUAGCCCUUUUCCACAUCCCUACAAUUUUUCUGAGAUAAAGGUUCCAAUUACCCUUUUUGUUGGACUCAACGAUUUUGUAGCUGAAGCUAAGAAUUCCCGUAUACUUUAUAAUAACUUGCCAAGUACUUCACGUUGUGGAUUCAAAGUGAUACCAGAUUCCCAUUGGACACAUGAUGCUUUCGUCUUUUCGAAAGACAUGCACCUUUAUCUCAACAAUGAAAUUCUCAAUACGAUUCCAAUAAUGGAGAACAAUUUGUGCAGCCAGUACCGCCAUGACUAGGAGACGCAGAAAUAUUC